CGGGCGCGCCGUCUGAGGCGGGGGAGGAGACGACGACGACGACGACGGCGAUGAGGGAAGGUGAGACCGGAGCCAUGGCGAAGCUGGAGCAGCCCAUCAGCCCCGUGAAGAACUUCUUCGCCGGCGGCUUCGGGGGAGUGUGCCUGGUGUUCGUCGGCCACCCCCUAGACACGGUGAAGGUUCGACUCCAGACCCAGCCGAAGCCGCAGCCAGGACAGCUUCCUCUCUUCAGUGGUACCUUUGACUGUUUCAAGAAGACAUUGGUUAAAGAGGGCAUCCAGGGCCUGUACCGGGGAAUGACGGCACCAAUCGUUGGGGUGACACCCAUGUUUGCCGUGUGCUUCUUUGGAUUUGGUUUGGGAAAGCGACUCCAACAGAAAACCCCGGAUGACAUCCUGAGCUAUCCCCAGCUGUUUGCAGCCGGGAUGCUAUCCGGUGUGUUCACGACAGCAAUCAUGGCCCCGGGAGAGAGGAUCAAGUGCCUUUUACAGAUCCAAGCCGCUUCAGGCGACGUUAAAUACAAUGGGCCCUUGGACUGUGCCAAAAAGCUGUAUCACGAGGCUGGAAUUCGAGGCAUUUACAAAGGAACUGUGCUCACGCUUAUGCGAGACGUUCCUGCUAGCGGAAUGUACUUUAUGACAUACGAAUGGCUGAAAAACAUCCUCACCCCAGAAGGAAAAAGCGUCAGUGAACUCAGUGCUCUGCGGAUACUCUUGGCUGGGGGCACGGCAGGGAUCUUCAACUGGGCAGUGGCCAUCCCGCCUGAUGUGCUAAAAUCCCGCUUCCAGACUGCCCCCGCUGGGAAAUACCCUAACGGGUUCCGAGAUGUUCUGAGGGAACUUGUCCGAGAGGAGGGAGUUGCGUCACUGUAUAAAGGCUUCACCGCCGUCAUGAUUCGGGCCUUCCCAGCUAACGCGGCCUGUUUCCUUGGUUUUGAAGUUGCCAUGAAGUUCCUCAACUGGAUUGCCCCCAAUAUGUAAGAAUCGGGAAGAUCGACACCCCCCCCCCCCCACCCCCGGCCUACUGGGGGAGGAGGAGGAGGAAGAGCAGCAGCAGCGGGGCCGCCGGGCAAGGAAUGACAAAAUCUGAAGCUACUUGAAUGGGUUUUGAAUGAUUUUUGCCUCAAUGGUGUUCUUUUGUUGCCACAAACUGUGGCAUUUUGCAACUUGAAGUUAGCUUUGAUUUAGAGCGAUUUCUCGAGUGAUCGGAGACGUAAGUAAGUAACUAGAUCCUAAACCAAAUGUCUUGCUGCUAGCCGUCCGUUAGGACUACCACCUCGACAAUCUUCCUUGAUAAGAGGGGAACUGUUAGUGUCUCACAGACUUCACCGCAGAAAAAUUAAACUAACCUAGAGCCGGAAUCACCUUUAAUGACUAGCCAGUAAGCGUGUAACUCUCAGGGCACAGUUUCAACUUCUGGUUGUACAUGUUGAUAUGGCACUUUAUGUCGGAGAGAGCCAGUGUCUCUACAGCCGUGUGGCCUUUAGGUGUAGAUUUGAAGAGUCGACCUUUUAAUUUUGCAGGUAAAUAAUAGGGAAGUGAGGUAAAAUAGCCAAAUUCUGGUCAUGGUAGAGGACGUGGUCCAGGAACACCGUCUGGAUGACUCUGAACAGACAGACAGUGGUAAUCGUGAAACGAGCGAGGUGGGCAGAGCUUUCCUUCCGUCUCUUCCGUACUAGGAUGGUGCUAUUUUUAAUCAGGAAACAAUAAAUCCUGUUGCUUCUAAA